AGGGCAUACCAUGAUAGCAUGAGUUGCAGAGUUGUCUUUGAUGGAAGGCCAAGCAUCCACCUUGUUUAAGGCUGAUGAGCAGUGCUCAUCUUCUGCUACUUCAUCCAUCGGGAAGGACAGCCCAGACAAUGAGAGUGACAAUGAUGUUAACAGCUCCUAUACAUGUCAUCCACCUUUCCACAACAUCAACUCCCUUCACCUGCUUCUGCCCAUCAGAAGGGGCAUCUCAAAGUAUUAUGAUGGCAAGUCCAAGUCCUUUACAAGUGUGGCGGAUGCUGGAUCUGUCAAAGACAUUGCAAAACCAGAAAAUGCUUACACGAGGAGGCGUAGAAAUUUGAUGGCCUUCAAUCACAUUCGAAACAUGCCUUUAAGGAGUAAUAGUGGAGGCAUUUCUAAAAGAACAAUAAGCUCGAGCACUUGCCCAAGUGCUGCGGCUCUUGCUUUCGCCAUCAACUAUGACAGCAGCAGUAGCUUUGCAAGCGAGGACUCAUCUUCAAGAUCAAAUUCGAGGUCGACCCCACCUCCAUCCAGUUUCUCAGCCAGGCGAUUCUCCUCCUUGGCUGAUCUUCAAAAUUGUGCCACUGCUGCAACAAUAAAAAAUGCCUCUGGGAGUGGCAAAUGAAGCAGCUCAAACCUCUUUCCUUUUGAUUUAAGUCCUUCAAAAUUUAUAGGAUUAUUGUGGUGAGUCAUCUGCUGGACUCCCUUUAGAAAGUCAUACGGCUUACUUACUCAAUGAAACAUUCAUAGAAACAAUAAAAAAUUGUGAGCAUUUUUUUUUUUUUGAAAUGAAGUCGCUGCAAAAACCAUUGGCG